UCUCUGGUGCUCCCAUGGGGAGGGCUUUGGGACACGCCCUUCUUGGAGCCACACCUCCGCCCUUUCGGGGGCAUGACCGAUAACCCCACCCCCACCCCGGCGGAGAAGGGGAACCAGCCGGGCUGGGCCGCUCCGCUGCGCGGGCCCCUUAAGAGCCUCACCCCUGGCACACGGACUCCGAAGGGGCGUGACCGGCGAGGCCGGAAGAGCCGGGGACACCUGGGUCCCGGGAGCCAGCCCUUGGCCCUGGGCGGCGGCGGCGGCGGCGGCGGCAUGGAGGAAGGGGGAGGUCCGGAGCCCGUCUGCCGCUUCUACCUGGAGGGGCGCUGCCAUUUCGGGGCCCGCUGCCGGCUCCCCCACCCCGGCGCCGAAGGCCGGGCUCGGGCUGAGCCUCUGCCGGGGCCGGCCUCGAGCCCCGAGGGCAAGAAGCCCUCCAUGAAGACGGCCCAGGCGGUGAUCGACCGCAUCCGCUGGGACCCUCACCUGGAGCCCGCCGACUUCUCCGUGGGCUACCUGGACCGCUUCCGCGGCGUGCAGGAAGAGCCCUUCACCGCCUUCUGCUGGGACGAGGACCUGGCUGCGCUGGGCCCCGGGGUGCUGGCCGUGCCCCAGCACCGCAUCCGCUACUUCCGACACCGCGGCCGCCUCGUGUGGGACCGCGCCUCCCGCACCGACCUCGUCUUCGGCUCGGCCGCGGGCCGCGGGACCACCAUCCUGGACGGGCUCGCCACGGCCGGCGGGCCCGGAGCCGGAGAAGAGGGCGGGCCCGGGACGGAGCCCGAAGGCCGGGGAGAGGAGGGCGGGCCCGGAACGGAGGCCGGAGCUGGGGAAGAGGAUGGCAAACCAGGGACUGAGGCCAAAGGCCGGAGCGAGGGCAGGCCCGGAGCCCCGGAAGAGGACCGCGGACCAGAGAGGGAGCCCAAAGGCCGGGGAGAGGAGGGCGGGCCCGGGACGAGCGGCCGCUCCGACAGCGGGAGAGGGGCCGCCGAGGGCCUCCGCCCCACACAUUUCGUAGCCCUCCCGAUAACGGACCCGCAGCUGCGGGCAGCAGUAGUCGGGGCCCAGGCCGGCCUGGCCGGGGCCGUGAGCCCCGGAGCCCUGCACCUGACCUUGGUCUUGCUGCGCCUCGCAGGCCCCGGGGAGGUGGCCGCGGCCGCGGGGGCCCUGAGACAACUGGUCCGGGGCCCCGGCUUCCACUGUCCCAGAGCACUCCAUUUCCAGAACCUGGCGUGCCUGGACCACAGACUCAUCUAUUCCCUCCCAAGCCCGGGCCUCGAGGGCUUAGCCCAGGCCCUGGCCCGGGGCCUCGAGGCCGAGGGGCUUCAGGUCCUGGAAGCCGCAGGCCGGGAGCUCGGCCCCCACCUCACUCUGGCCAAACUGCCUCGGGGGAGCCCCGGGCGCUUGUCGCUACCCGAGGCCCCGGGGGACGCCGAGCUGGGCAGCCAAUCGGUGGAAGAGCUCCAGCUAUGCUCCGUGGGAGGGGCGCAGGGACCCGAGGCGGGGUCCUCUGUAUUAGCCCAGGUGCCCCUGGUGCCCUCCACCCUGCCAGGGGCUCUCCACUAGCCGCGGGAGGCUGCGCCCAAGGCACCCUCCUGCCUCCUCAGUGGCGGUGGGGGCGGAGCCCUCCAACACCAAGCUGCCCCCCUUGAUAGAAGCACCCCAAGGCGGGAGUGGGGGUGGGGGGAAGGAAGAAACAGGCAAAACAAAAAACCAGCCACGUCCAGGACUUAGUUCAUUCUCUCUCUUUCUCUCUUCUUUUUUUUUCUUUAAUUAACUUUCUCUUAUUUUUUUUUUUUCCCAAACCGUGCUCAGCACUCCUUGGUUGCAGGAAAGGAGGGAGGGAGGAAGGAAGGAGGGUGGGGAGGGGUGGUGGGAA